GUUAUUUUCAAAAUAACAGUCGUCUGCUUACCAUAAAUUUCCAUCUUCGUGUUUACAACCUGCUCACAUGGAGUCUGUGUGCAAUGGAUAGCAUAGUGCCAAUCUAGUUACUUGUAGUUGUUUACUGUAGAUUCGUUUCUAUGGCAACAGGGGAACCUACAUAUCAACAAUCUGGUCUAGACUUAGUUGAAAUAAUAGAAUUACGAAGAAAUUGUCCUCCGUGUAUACGUAUAGAUUUAAUAACAAUAUGAGUGCGGAUAAUGAAAAAUCAGAAGAUCGUUCGACGUCUUCAUCAUUUCGUAAAGUGUCUGGUAACAUUCGCGAAGAAGCUGGUCAACGACGAGAAGCUCUAUCACUUAUCAGACAAAUGUCAGCACGUCCUUUCGAUGACGAUUCGGACGAAUCUUUGAAUGAAAAUAACGAUCGAGAAGAUGAAGAUGAUGAUGAUGAUGAUGUACAAGCUCCUUAUCCAGACGGUGCCUACGAUCCAAAAGAAUUUGAACAAAUACCAGCUCCUUCAGAAAUAAAGGAACUUUUUCAAUACAUAACCAAGUAUACACCACAGCACAUAGAACUAGAAUAUAAGUUGAACCCUUUUAUGCCAGAUUUUAUUCCAGCCAUUGGAGAUAUCGAUGCUUUCAUAAAAAUACCUCGUCCCGACGAAGUGCCCACUGAUAUAGGGCUGACUGUUCUAGAUGAACCUUGUACCCUGCAAAGUGAUCCGGCUGUAUUGCAGCUACAUCUGCAAGCAGCCUCUAAACAAUCUUCAAGUAAACGUAUCAUAGUUAAGAGAGUCGAUAAUGCUGUGAAAAAUUACAAAGCUAUCGAUAAAUGGGUGAAAGAUAUCAAUAAUUUGUACAAAAGUAAGCCAUCUUCUUCAUUGGUGUACAGUAAACCUAUGCCUGAUAUUGAUACCUUGAUGCAAGAAUGGCCCACCGAAUUUGAAGAACAGCUAACCACCAUAGAACUGAGAAAAGAUAUCAACUGUGAUUUGUUCACUUAUGUAGAUAUCGUCUGCGCUCUAACUGAUAUUCCAGUUUAUGAAUUUAGAAUCGAAUCAUUACAUUUGUUGUUUUCCCUGUAUACAGCUAUUAACUCUUUACAAAUUAAAGCUGAUCCGGCUACCACUGAUUUUAAAGAUAAUUACUAAUUAGGUAACUAUUAAGGUACAAAAUGUGUUCAGCAUAUGUAUAAGUACAAAUAUCUUCACCACCUACUAAUUAAUCGACAAAAUAUAGAUGAAAUUAUCGACUUUUAUGGCAAGUAUAAUUUUGUUUUUGUAUUUCAUGGUUACCAGUAGUUUUGAUAAAAUUCUAAUUAAACAGUGUUCAUACUAAGAUAAACAUUUAUUUUAGUUUCAUUUACGUUUUUUCUAAUUUAUUUUCUUGUAUUCUUCGGCCACAAAUUAAGAUGGUACAAAGUACCUAGGUUUCUAAUAAUUUUCUUUUCACGGAUCACGGAUAAAAGAAUUGAAAUGUGAAAAAUCAUUAGGUAAUAUCAUUUCACUACCUGGUUGGAAAAUAUUUUUCAGAAGAAGCUAGAUAGCAUAACCACGGCUCUUAUUUGUAUUUGUUCAGAGUUUCUAUAUCUGCUGAAUAUCAU